CAGCCCCCAGCUGUGUCCUGACCAGACAGCUGCUGACAGAUGGACUCAGGGUGCUGAUCUCCAAGGAGGAUGAACUUCUCUACGCAGCCCGGGUCCACACACUGGAGCUGCCAGACAUCUACAGCAUUGUUAUUGACGGGGAGAGAGGAAACCGCCCUAGAAUCUACUCACUGGAGCAACUGCUGCAGGAAGCGGUCCUGGAUGUGCGUCCAGAGACAGAGUCGGUGCUCUCUGAGGGGACGAGGGUGUGUGCCUACUGGAGCGAACGCUCUCGCUGCCUAUACCCAGGCAACAUACGCCAAGGUGGUUCAGGGGAGGAGGGGAAGCAGGGAGGUGUAAUGGUGGAGUUUGAUGACGGAGAAGGGGAGGAUCUCCUCCUAAACAUCCGCCUCCUCCCCGGGCUACCAGAUCCACUCCAAGGCUUGUGCAAGGCUACUUACUUAUACCUAUUACUUAUGACAGUGAUUAUGCAGGUGUAUGUUAGAGAUGUAUUAACCCCCGCCUCCCCUUCCUGUCCCACUGUAGGUGCGGAGUCGUCCCCUGCCCACCUGGUGUCUAGCGGCCGGGCGGCUCGGAGGAGCUUCAGUCUGGAAAAAGCCCCCCUGAGUGAGAGAGUCUCGGAGAGACAGGCCAGCACAGAGCCUGCCAGGAGACGACCAGGGAGACCCAAAGGUUCAGGGAAGAAGAAGAACCUGUCAGACAGCACCAAUAAGAACGCAGCCCCUCUGCUCAGCUGGCCGGCUGUGGCUGUCCCCAGGAAGAGGGCCUGUGAAAAUCUGUUCCAGCUCAACGGGACUCCCAGGAAGGCCCUGAGGGGGACAAGGGAGGCACACCUGUUCCCCCUGCCCCCGGCCCCUGUCUCUACACCGACCAAGGGCCUGUUCAGCAGCAGCUCCUUCGAGGUUGACUCCUUCAGCAGCAUCGCUAACGGCUACUCCUCCUUCUGUAGCACCCAGCCCACCGGCAUGUCCCUGGCUUCCAGGACCGGGCCCUAUGUCCAGAGACGGAAGCCCGGCGAGGUGCCGCGGAGCAACAGGAAGAGCAGUCAGGAGUUCCUGGUCAAACUGGAUCACGAGGGGGUGACUUCACCCAAGACGAAGAACAGCAAGGCCCUGCUGCUGCUGGGCGGUGGCUCUGGGUUCGGGGCCAAAGGCGUGGGCGGCCUCCCCAGGCCUGAGGCCUACUCCCACCCAGUCCUGCUGGUCAAGGACAACAGGAAGGGAGUUUCUGCCUCAAGGGCUGAGCUCCUCCUUAAGGGUGCCCCUCCUCCACAGAGGAAGGCUUCUCCCUCCCUGGCUAUUGGGGAGUAUGGUGUCGGCGAGCUUGGUCUCAGCUGCCAUCGGGACUGCCACAGCUCCUACUCGGACCUGGACAACGAAGAGGAGGAGGAAGAGGAGGAGAGGAGGAGGAGAAGGGGGGCUGCACUGGCCACAGCAGCCUCUGGAGGACUGAGGACGGCAGGAAGCUUUCUCUCGCGCCUCUCCGUCUCAUCCUCUUCCUCUGGUUCCUCAAGUUCGUCCAGCUCAGGCUCCAUGUCCAGUUCCAGCCUGUGCUCCUCGGAUAACGACUCGUCCUACAGCUCGGAGGAUGAGGAGAGCUCCACGCUGCUGCUACAGAGCUGCCUGUCCUCCCACCAUGGCCUGAUGCAGUCCCCUGAGCCCCCGGCUGCAGCCGGACCCCACCAGGGCCAACAGUCCUUCGUGGCCAAGGCCGUGGCCGUAUCCAACACCAAGGCAGGAGGAGCCACCAACGACCACAGUGCCAACAACAAGCUUCUCAAAAGGAAGGAGUGUAGCAGCUCGUCCCCCUCCAAACCCCCCAGAGACCUGGUGAAGAGGCAAAGGGUUAUCCCCGAUGAUGCAGGACCAAGAUCCAAGAUGAACACGUUCCUACCGGGAAGACAGAUGUGGCGGUGGUCGGGGAACCCCACUCAGAGGCGGGGGCUGAAGGGGAAGUCCAGGAAGCUGUUCUACAAGGCCAUCGUACGGGGAAGGGACACGGUGCGAGUGGGCGACUGUGCCAUGUUCCUCUCUGCCGGCCGGCCCCACCUACCCUACGUGGGCCGCAUCGAGAACUUCUGGGAAUCCUGGAGCGCCAACAUGGUGGUGAAGGUGAAGUGGUUCUACCACCCAGAGGAGACCAAGUUGGGCCAGAGGCACCACGACAGCAAGCACGCUCUGUAUCAGUCGUGCCACGAGGACGAGAAUGACGUCCAGACAAUCUCCCACAAGUGCCAGGUGGUGAGCCGCGAGGAGUAUGAGCACAUGGCCCGCGGCCAGAAACCCAGCAGCAGCGUGACCACCCAAGGCCUGUACUAUCUGGCUGGCACCUAUGACCCCACCAGCGGUCAACUGCUCACUGCUGAGGGGGUGGCCAUCGUCUGCUGAGCUGAGGCCAUCUUGUCCUAAGGAUACUACUGAACCACCCAUCUGAUGGGAAAUGAAGGUGAAGGUCCCCGCAGCUUUGCCUGAAGGACCCCUGGUCUGAUUCAGUCCGUAGGAGGGUUCCCAGAUGGGUCAGUCCUGGAGGAAGUGAAGGUCGAGGUGCCUGUGGCUUUGCCUGAAGGACCCCUGGCCUGACUCAGUCCGUAGGAGGGUUCCCAGAUGGGUCAGUCCUGGAGGAAGUGAAGGACCCCUGGCCUUAGUCAGUGCUGACUCGUGGUGGACGUCAGGGCCAAGGCAGGGCUGUCCCCUGUCUACACUGGAUAUCUCAACACACAUGGCUGCUAGACUGGGGUGUAGUUAGAAGAAGGGGAGGGGGUAGCCAUUCACAGCAGUGAACCCCAUUCUGCUCCCAUCCUCACUGGGUGAAGACAAGGAUCUGGGUCCUGAACAACCACAAUCCAGGAGGUCAAUGACACCCGACUGACUUUCCAUUGGUCCAACUUAACAUCUCUUUAGUUUAGACUGAGGAUGGCAUGUUUGAGGGACUGUUUCACACCUCAUCUUUACACCACUCACCCAUCAUAGGUCACCAAAUUAGAGCUGAACAUAGGUUUGGAUUGGACAGCUCAAUGCACCAUUAGGUCGCUCCGGACCAGGCCUGUGGUUGCCUCAUUUCAGCUGAGUGCGUGAGGUAUGGGAUGUACUCUCCAUAGUUCGUCUUCAUGAUUCCAGGGAUGAUAAAAUAUGUAUAAGAUAUCCAUGAUAAAGAUGUAGAUAUUUGGGAUGAUUUUUCCAGUCAAGCCAUACACUUCAGUACCUCUUGUCUCUCUUAUGGAUCAGGUGUAUACUGUACAGGUCAGUUAUCUGUUCUUUUUGUUGUUGUUGUCUAUAUGUAUAUAACAACUAUUUUAUAUACAAGUAUAUAUGAAAGGUAUCUUUCCAUGUUUUUUUAUUGAUUUAUUUUUCUAUGGAGGGGUGAAUAUGGCUCUUUGUGUUUUUCUUUGGGACGAUGAGCUGAAGAUGUAAAAGUGUUGCACUACACAUGACCUGCUGAGACAGACAGACAGGCAGACAGACAGGCAGGCAGGCAGGCAGGCAGACAGACAGACAGACAGACAGACAGACAGACAGACAGACAGACAGACAGACAGACAGACAGACAGACAGACAGA